CACCUGUCGACUGCAUCCUACUAUAUAAAACAUCGGGCAAGGAGAAGGCGGUGGUUGCCGAGCGGCGGGAGCAAGUGACUCGGCACUUACGGUAGCGUAGGAAAUGGAGAAAGCGUCCUCGAUUCUUGCUUCCGUCUUCGGAUCGCGGGAGCCGGUGGCGUCCGCCACGGUCGCCACAAUCUUCGUCUACCCUAUCAAGUCUUGCCGUGGAAUCUCUGUCCCUCGAGCCUGCAUCACGUCCACGGGACUUCGAUGGGAUCGGCAGUGGUUGGUUGUGAACUCAAAGGGGAGAGCAUACACCCAACGAGUUGAACAAACACUUGCUCUGGUCGAGAUAGAGCUGCCAAUUGAUGCCUUUAGGGAGGACUGGGAGCCAAAUGACAUCUCAUAUAUGGUUAUAAAGGCACCUCAGAUGGAGCCACUGAAGAUUCCUUUGAAUAGAGAACAUGCUGCCAUUGAUGACAUAUCUGUAUGGGAGUGGUCUGGCUCUGCACUUGAUGAAGGCAAUGAAGCAUUUGAGUGGUUUACCAAGUAUCUUGGAAAACCAAGCCGUCUAGUCCGUUUUAAUACUGUAUCAGAAAUUAGAGCUGUGGACCCCGAUUACGCUCAGGGAUACAAAACUGCAUUUUCUGAUGGGUUUCCUUUCUUAUUGGCAUCCCAGCUUUCUGUUUUAAUAUAUCAUAUGCAGGGAUCAUUUAAUUCUGUAAAUGAGCUUCUGGAAGAACCAUUAUCAGUUAAUCGCUUCAGAGCAAAUAUCAUUGUUGAUGGGUGUGAUCCAUUUUCAGAGGACCUGUGGAAAGAAAUAAAAAUAAACAAGUUAACAUUCUGUGGUGUUAAGUUAUGUGCACGCUGUAAGGUACCAACUAUCAACCAAGAGAAUGGAAGUGUGGGGAAUGAGCCAACGCAAACUCUAAUGAAGUUUCGGUCAGACCAUGCUUUGCAUUUAAAGGAGAAGAAGGGGAAGGUCUUCUUUGGACAGAAUUUGAUCUGCAAAGAUUCACUCUCACCAACAGGCAGAGGGAAAUCUAUUGCUGUCGGGGAUCCAGUUUGUGUUCUUCAGAAGUACCCAUCUUAUGCUGAUGCACCUGUCUGACCAUCCAAGAACCUUUACUCAAGGAUGCAGGUCUCAGUAUGGCAGUGUGUGAAGCAAGUUGGCUUUUGGCCUUCCAUCAAUUUUCUUCUGUCUUUCAAUAAAUAACUGUAUAUUAUAAAUAUGAAAUCAGGUCAAUGUGUUGUCAAAACAAUUAGUUCAUAUGCAAUACCUGCCUGGAUUUUGGUUUAGGAAAGUAAAUGACAUAUUUCCUUGCUUUUUUCUAGAAGAUACCAUUCUUGCUAAGCUUUUUAGGUUCUUGGUUCUGUAAAUAAACUUUUAGUUUCUGCA